AUGACUUCAUUAACGACAAUUAUCAAAGAAGAGCAGGCGUUCAUUGAGGAUUUACUAAGCUCAAUUCCAUUUAGUUCAAACCCAACAACUUAUUUUCUCAAAAUAUACAAGCUCUCGCACCACCAACUCAAUCAACUCAAUGAUGAACCCUUCAAGUUCCCCAUUGAGGCAAAUAAACUCUUGAAACUCUGCAUUUCUUUAGGAAGCUUAAUGAAUACUUUGAGUAUCGAUGAGGAAAAUUACAAGCAGCAAAUUGCACAGCAGCGACAGAAGUCCUUAAUGGGAUUAAGGCCAGGAUAUGAUGCUAAUGAUCCAUUAAACAGUAACAAUUCACCUGCUUCCUAUACUCCAUUGACUGCUGGCCCGCCCCAUCCAUCACAACAAUUGCAACAGCCGUCACGGCAUGUGAUUCAUAGCUCGGGCCAGCAACCUUCAGGCUCGCACCAUCAACCAUCUUACCAAGUACGCUUCCUCAAGAGCCUUCUAACUAUUCUCAAGAAUUUUGAUAUCGAUGGACCCCGGGACCCAAUUGGCUCACACCAGUCACAAGGGCGUUCUUCAACGAUGAGCUAUAAUAGAGAGAGUAUGGCCUCGUAUGGGUCCUCUUCAUUUACUCCAAAACGUGUGCAAUCCAAUGGCAGUUUUGGAAGCGGUAUUAAUACAUCGCCUAUAAAGCUCAACUCGCGCCAGCUUCUUAUAGAAAAACUUGAAAUUAACAUUAAAUUGGACAAUUUAUUUAUUUACAAAAUCACGCUCAAAUUGAUCUUGUCGAUUUAUGCCAAAUUAAGUGAGGCACUUUUGCAAAUCAGAGAAGAAGAGCAAUAUAUUUCGGCAAUAACGACAGCGACGACGACGACGAUACCAUCAUCAUCAUCAUCAACAACAACAACAACAACAACACCAACAGCAGCAUCAACAUCAACAUCAGCGCAUCAAGAUGAAAGCUCCUCCAUUUUUUCUGGCGAGUCUUCUAAUUCUCUGGAGUCUAACUUGAGCAAUACAGAAUAUUUAAAGCUUUUGCACAAUGUACUAUAUCGAAUAAGUCAAGGAAUAAUACAGCCUUUUGUUACAUUACUAUACGUUGAAUUUGUUGAAACCAAGGUAACCGAAGACUUUACUCAACUAAUAAAUACUCUAUAA